AUUACUGAGAGCUGUCAGAACUGUCGAGCUGAGGUCAGUCAGCAGGAAGAAGCCACACGUGUGGGCCCUGUCCCCGUUACCAAACAGAGCAGUGUUCGUCGCAUUGAUUUGAAGGGGAAUGAGUGCUGACACAUCCUGUCCGCGCGGAGAGACACGCGGCUCCCGCUCUGCCUCACAGCGCGAGGCCAGCUGAGAAGCGCGCGGACUGAUGCGUCUCUGGGGCCGGGGCGCUUCAUUUCCGCUCUGAGACCUGCCCUGUAGCAGCCGCCGCAGCAUCUGGACCACAGCUGGACAUGUCUCUGCUGAAACAGCGGGGGAGAGAGCUCGAGCGCUUCGACGGACUGUCGCUCAUCUACUGGACUCUAAUGGGUCCAUAUGGAGUCGACAGAGCUGUUCAUUCCAUGGAGUUCACAGACUGUGAAAAUGGCCUAGGAAUCAAAGUGAUUGGCGGAGUGAAGGAGCUAACGGGAGAGGAGUUUGGAGUCUACGUCAAGCGGAUUUUACCUGGUGGCCUUGCUGCAGCUGAUGGAAACCUGUUGCCGGGAGACCAGAUCCUGGAAGUAAACGGGGACAGUCUAGUUGGAGUCACAAGUGAAAGAGCUGUGGACAUCCUGAGAACAGCAUCUGCCACAAAUCACAUGCGCCUUCUUAUAGCCAGAGAUGAAGAAGCAAAGAGAGAAUUUGCUGAGCUGCUGGAGAAAUACGGAUCCAACAGUAGUACCGGAUCAACCCGCAACUCUCCCAUUCAGCAAGGAGGUCGCCUCUUGGACAGCACAUCGUCCGGUUCCUCAUCUCGAUCUCAGAGCCCGUUGUUGCUGAGCCCUGCAAACUCUCAGAACAUGUACAAUGGUGGGCCCAUGAUGCGCUCCCUCAGUCAUCCAGGUGAAGGAGUGAUCCAGCUCAUUACUGUGGCCCGGUCCAGCAGUUUAGGGAUUACGAUCGGAGGAGGCUCCAACAGGCCCGACGGCCCCGCUGUGUUCAUCCAGGAAGUGCUGUCUGGAGGAGACUGUCACAGGGAUGGCCGCCUGAGGCCGGGAGAUCAGCUCAUUGCCAUCAACAAGGAGUCUUUGAUUGGUGUAACUCAUGAGGAGGCAAAAGGCAUGCUGAACAAAGUGAAAUACAGCCAAGACAACACAGUGGAAAUCGCCUUCAUCCCAGGAAAAGGUCUUUUUCCCAGCAGCACGUCGCUCCACAACGGAGUCCAGCGAGCCGCCGGCAACAGCUACAACUCUGGACGCCUAAAAGUUCACAUCAGGUCACCUGAGAUCUGUGCAGAGGAGCCAGCUCUAGUGUCUUCACCGUCUCCAGACAUCUGUCCUCCAGAUAUUCAUAUUUCAGGUUCCACCAGCCAAAGGUCUCCAACAGGGACGAAACCCAGAAUAACACUUGACCCGUACAUUCGCCUCAAAUUGGACAAGUUAGACUUGGCUUUGUCCUUUCUUGGAUUGGACGUCAGUGAAGAGAAGAGGAAGACGCUGAGGCACAGCCUGACCCCUGACCCCCAAGGCACCGUGGCGUAUGGAGAUUUUGUGGAAGCUUGUCGGAACAUCUUCCAGGAGGACCUGGAGGACUUGGGGUUAGGAUCGGGCCCCUUCACCUUCUCCUACCAUGAAGCAGCCAGUUUGAUGGACACAUCGGCGUUUCAUUCACCAACUUAUGAAUCAGAGUGCAGCUACAGCAGUGAGGAGAUGGAGCAGUUCCAGACCGAGGUGAAGCAACUGCAGACCCAAAUGAAGCAACUCAAGGUGAUUCUGAAAGACACAGAACAGAGCAAAAAAAGCCUGGAGGAGGAGCUGCAGAAGACAUCUGAGAAAGCCUGCCUGACUGUGGAGGAGAACAGCCGCCUGAAGAGCCGCCUGCAGGCUGCCGAGGCCGAGGCGGUGCAGCGGCAGGCCACCAGCGCUGAGCAGGACUACGAGGAAGUCAUCCAGCUGCUGGAGGCCGAGAUCAGAGACCUGAAGAACCAGCUGACCGCCAAGAGGCAAGCCUGUGGAGCAGGCGUUAAAGAGGAAGUGGUGGAGCUCAACAGGAAGCUGACCUCCAUCGACUCCCAGCUGAGGAAGUCAGAGCUGAGCAGAAAACACCUGGAGAUCUCCAACAAGAAGCUGCUGGGCUUCGCUCAGAACGUGCACAAGGUGCUGACUAAGCCCAGCCUGUUGGGAGGGGAUGAUGGGAGCAACAGGUCGUCUCCAGCCACAGACAGUCCAGACACCCUGUCACCCAUUCCUGACCCUGCCAUCCAGCUGGCUGUGGAGGCCAAAGAGCUGGUGGAGGGAGUGUGUUGCGUUUCUGCUAAUAAAGGGUCAGAUUCCAUACCGGAUGUCAACUCCCAUCAUGUGUGACCGACAGAGAAAUGGAGGACUGAAGGAGGUCCUGCCCCGUCACCAAAGAAGCCCACCGAGCCCAAACCGACCGACGACGUUCUUCACCAACCGACAGGACAUGUGCCCCCUGUCCCCCCUCCAGCCAAUGCGGACCCCCCAGUACAGCAAAGGGACAGAUGGGAUCUCUCAUGAGACCCCUGCUUGCACCAGUUAGACUGCAGCCCAAGAACUGCCCGGCGUCUCAGCAGCAAACGUUGCUGUUCUUCCUGUGGCGGAUGAUGUUGAAGGCACUGCAUGACCAAGUGCACAACACUGUAAACCUUGUUAAUACUCCUCUGAUGUAUUUUGUAAAGUUAUCCACUCACAGGCAGAUUGAGCCCUCCUCCCCCCGUACUGCAUGUGAAGGAGAGCUACUUCCUGCUUAGGUGGGACAAUCCAGAGCUGAGCAGUCCUCUGUCCAUCAUCCGCUCCAUCCCGUUGCCCUGGACUGCUUGCUCUGCCACAAACAUCAACAUAGGUACUGUUGAGAAAAAGUGUAGAAACGUGUUACCUCUCCUUGUGCUCUUUCUUGUUAAAAAGCUAGAAGGUGAAGGCUUCAGAGAUUCUGGACCUGAGGGUGGAGUGUCAUGUCCAGCUUGGUUUCACUGCAGUGGUUCAUGUCGGCUCCAGCUGUGUGCUCUUCAGAAUGAACAGAAACCAGUCAUAGGCUACAUGUCAAACUUUUGUUUUAUUUCUGCCAACAGCUGCAAGCCCAUUCAUGGAGUGUGUUUUUGAACUGAACUGCAUCUUCAGUGUGGCCUCAUACUCUUUAUUAUGUUUUAUAUUAAAGGGAUAACUGAAUCAUG